AUGGUGGCGGCGGAGAGGGGGCACGGGGGUGUGGUGGAGGAGCUGGUGGCGCGCGGCGCCAGACGGGAGGGGGUGGUCAGGGCGCUGUCCGCGUCCCCGCUGGAGGCGCACAAGCGAAUGGCCAGGCUCCUGAGCGAGAUGGACGCCGAGGGUGCCGUGAGAUCGAGGGCCGCGCAGGCGAAGGGAUCGGGCCCCAAGGGCGGCGGCGGUGGGGAGGCGCAGACGGCGCCGCCGGCCGAGGAGAGAAUGAGCUCCGGGGCGUCUGAGCCGGACGGCGCAUCUGGUGGCGAUGCGUCCGACCAGGGGGGUGCGGGAACGGACGAGGCAGAUGGUGGGCCUGCGGCGAAUGCUGCUGUGGAAACGGCCUGGGGAGCGGGGACUGCCAAGGUGGUGAGUGGUGGGGGUCUGGGCGCGAUGGACAAACCGUCGGUGGACGUGAGCGACCCGGACGAGGGCCUUGCAGCCAAUGGGGCGGGGAAGCGAACGACAGACGGUGGCGGGUCCAAACUGGAGAGGCGGGUGCCCGGCAAAGGUGGGUCGAUGGGGUGCGCCGCGACCGCCAAGGGGGACGAGGCGAUGUGCAAUGGCAGCGCCGCUUCAGGGGCGUGCGGGCCGGGCGUGUUUGGGGAGAGUGUUACCGCUGAGCCAGCUCCAAAUGCCAGAAGUCCUGACGGCCCCAGUUCCAAUCAAGUCGCCGCCGAAAACGGUGUGGCGAGGGAAUGGGAACAAUCCGCAAGUGGCGAGGAUCGGGACAUUAGUAGGCUGACGUCAUCAGCCAAUUCAACGCACCACGGAGCGCGUACGAAAGGUGGGAGGGACCAGGAUGAGAGGCCAAUUCUUGGCAACGGGGUAAAGCCGGAAGGGCGGCGCGGGAUUGGCGCACUGACGGGGUACGACAUGAAGGGGAAGAGUCCACAGCGACAGAGUUCCCAACGGGCCUCUUCGGGAUGGAUGAACGGGACGUGGAGGGAGAAGGGUCUGCCGGAAGAGCCGCGGCAGUCCAACGGCAAAUGCGGACCAACGGACGGGUUGGCGAAGAAUGGGCGGCACAGGGCCGAGGUCGAGGCGCUCGAGGCCCAGUUUUCGACUCUGAGGACGUUCUGGGACGCCACAAAGCCGUGCCAAGGGAAGCAGGCCUUGGAACCGGAGGUCAGCAAAUGA